AAUGGGAUCCAACCGGCGCCCAGAGCCUUCCAUACGCAAGCUUCUCCUACACGGCCUUUCGUUCGCCACGACUCUUGCAUCAACAGUGGCGCUCUAUUGCGUUCUUCAGGUCCUGGCGAACACAGACUCACCAGUCGUAGUCGUUCUGAGCGGGUCCAUGGAGCCGGCGUUCCAACGAGGCGACCUCCUUUUCCUAGCCAAUUCCCCCAACGAACAAUACUUCACAGGCGACAUUAUCGUCUAUAAGGUUCCUAGCCAGCCGAUUCCCAUUGUCCAUCGCAUCCUCGAGACACAUGAAGUUCCCCUGGAUUUCAGACCAGCUUCGACGAGGACAAGCUAUCGUGCGGCAAACGCCCCUGCACCAGAUCAGCUUAUCCUGACCAAAGGCGACAACAAUCUGGAAGAUGACGUCGUGCUUUACAAGGGGAUGGAUUGGUUGCAACGAAAACACGUCAUUGGUAAAGUAAAAGGCUUCAUCCCUUACGUUGGCUAUGCCACGAUUGCGAUGAACGACAUCCUUAAUCUCAAAUACGGGCUCCUCGGCGUCAUGGCGUUGGCGGUUUUCUUCUA